AUGGGAUUACUGGUGAUCAAGUGGCCGUGCAGUGCUUGACUUUCUGCCUUUCGCUUGGGAUGGACACGUUGCAGGGAGCUGGGGAAAAAGAAAAAAUAUCAGUUGAAUCAGCUCAUCAUCAGCAUCAGCAGCAUUCCGUCUGCGAGGUGCAAUUGGCUUCGAAUAAGCACAAACAGAAAAGAUGUCAUUGCCCGACGCGGUCCGGCAGGCAGUACAUGAUAUUGAUAUCGACAGUCGAUUGCAACAAUAUGAUGAUUGAUGGUUGAAACGGGGGGCUGAGGCUGAUCGCUCGGCGCAUACGAAUCCAUCAUCUCCUGCCAAUGCUUGGAUGGUCUUGGGUCUUGGCCGGGCUCAUGGGAGUUAAGAAGAAUUGCAGCACUCUCUCUCACUCACUCACUCCUUCAACCACCACCACCUUUGCUGCUUAUUCCUUGUCCCGUAUUUUGUGUCGUUACGCUCGUUCUUUCUUGCCGUCCGCCAUCAGCUUCUUCUUCUGAUUCUCCCAUUCUCCUCCCAACCAAAGUCACUCGCUCCACGGAAACUACUCACUCACGAAACCCGCACGAAUCCCUCCCCACAACUCACAAUGAAGGGCACCUUCAGUGCCGCCGCGCUGGCGCUAGCGUCGCUCACAUCCGCAAAGAUCAUUCCUCGACAGAGUGGUAACCUGCCCACAGUCACAUCCGAGGGCAACGCCUUCUGGACGUCCAAUGGCGAGCGCUUCUACAUUCGCGGUGUUGCAUACCAGCCCGGUGGUGCUGCUGAUGCGCAAGAUCCUAUGCUGGACCUCGACACGUUCCGCAACGAUGUCGAGGCUUUCAAAGAGCUGGGCAUCAACACCAUUCGCAUCUACACCAUCGACAACAGUGCCAACCACGACGAGGCAAUGAAGCUAUUGGACGAUGCCGGCAUCUACCUGUCGCUCGAUGUCAACACUCCCAAGGCCUCGCUGAACCGCGAGAACAUUGACUCGCUGCACGCCUCUUACAACGAUGUCUACCUGCAAUCCGUCUUUGCCACGGUCGAUGCCUUUGCGGGCUACAACAACCUUCUUCUUUUCUUCUCGGCCAACGAGGUGAUCAACGCCCGCAACAACACCAACGCCGCUCCAUACAUCAAGGCCGUCACCCGUGACAUCCGCAACUACAUCCGUGCCCAGUCUUCCCGCCCCAUCCCCGUCGGCUACUCAUCCGCAGAUGUCGCCGAGAACAUCGAGGCACAAGCCAACUACUUCGCCUGUGGAGAAGACGAGAUUGCCCGCUCCGACUUCUUCGCCUUCAACGACUACUCCUGGUGUGACCCCUCUGACUUCCGCAAGUCCGGCUGGGACCAAAAAGUGCAAACCUACAAGAACUACUCUCUCCCAAUUUUCCUCUCCGAAUUCGGCUGCAUCACCAACCGCCGCGACUGGAACGAAAUCGCCGCUCUCUACUCCGAAAACAUGACAAUCGCCUACUCCGGCGGUCUCGCAUACGAAUACACCCUCGAAGCCAACGGCUACGGUCUCGUCGAAAUGGGCUCUGACGGCAAAGCCGUUCCCAACGAAGACUUCGACCGCCUGAAAGCCGCCUACGCCGCCACUCCCAACCCCACCGGAGACGGCGGUGCCACUCGCGACGCUCGCCCCGUCCCCGAAUGUCCUCCUGAAUCCGACGAAUGGCACGUCAGCACCGCCCUCCUCCCUGCUAUGCCCGAGGGCGCGGAGAAGUUUAUGAAGGACGGUGCGGGCGCUGGUCCGGGCCUCGACGCUGAUACUCAAUGGGCGGGAACUCCUACGACUACUGCUGCGGAUCUUUCGGAUGGUGUUUCUACUACUGAAGCGGAAGAUACUAAUUACUCUGCUUCGGGUUCGGGUGGAAAUGGUGGAAAUGGAGGUAAUUCUACUGGUGGUGGAAAUGAGAGUGGUGCUGCUUCGCUUUCUUUCAGUCCCGCUGCGGUUAUGACUGUCGGUGUUUUGGCUGCGGUUUUUGCUGUCGGGUUGUGAGGGAGUGAGUGAGUAGCAUGAGGGAUAGAAAGAAAGAAGGAAAAGCGGAAAUUUUUGAGACCUUCGAACUUCUUGUUGUCCUAGAUUAUUGGUACCCUACCUACAUAUGGAUCAUGAUGAUGCUUUCUCCUCCUUUCUCCGACGACGAGUUGCAGUCGCCAGCAGCUAGCAGUCAGUCCAGCAAAAUAAAAAAUGAGGAAUGUCCCUCGUUGUUGAAAGAUUUUGCUGGUGGAAGAAGAAGAAAGAGAAGAGAAGAGAUGUCAGAUAUACCUUACCUUGCCUUACCUUACUGAUAUAUACAUCUUACAUACAUGUACACUGUGCAAC